AUGGCUUCUGCUCAAAAUGCGGCUAACACCUCAGCGGCCUCCUCUGGCAUCAAUUCGCCUAUCCCAGCUGCUCCAGCCGCAAACCCCAGCGAUUCACAAGCAGCUAAAACGUCACCCGCACCCAGUGCUCCAACGACCACAGGCGAACAGCGCUCCAAACGAGCCAAAAAAGACAGUCGCAAAAAGCGCGAGGCGAAGGGGAUCCUAGACACAGAUAGCGUUGCCCCGCCAAGGAAGAAGGCAGCAUUAGCAGCAGCCUCGGGGCGCCCGUCUACUUUACUGUCUAUGCUCAGACCAGCGCUUCUCGCAGAACCCCGAACGUCCGAUUUAUACCCACCGCAGCCGAGACAGGUGAAUUUCUUGUACCGGAAAACGUCGAAUGUGUUGAAUCAAAGCUGGGAUUUCUACGAGGUCGUCGACAAACUUACCAAUAAGAACGGGUUUCGUUAUAGCUAUGCGAUUUCCGAUCCCAAUUUCACGAAUGUGAAGUAUCGACAGACAGAUAUUGCUCCUUAUCAUGCUCGAUUCAGCUUUGAGGAUUCGCCAGCAGCAAUUGCGUUUACCAAAGACGGUCUUGCGGUGACUACAGGUGAUGCCUGGCACUCUGCAAGGGCAAAUGUUUGCGCGCGAGAGGGGUCGUACUACUACGAGGCAAAGGUAAUUAGUGGUAUUGUCAGAGACCCGCCAUCCAAUGCCAGCGACGCCAAUUUCUCUGCUCACUCCCCUUCAAGAGGCCAUGUCCGGCUCGGAUUUGCGCGACGUGAGGCAGAGCUAGACGUCAACGUUGGAGUUGACUGUUAUGGAUAUGGCAUAAGAGACGUAAACGGGGAGGUAAUAAACCGCAUGCGCUGCGAACACUUCUUCGACAAAGGCGAGAAUAUUGCCGAGGGAGACGUUAUCGGGAUGCUCAUCACACUGCCUCCGCUAUCUCUUCACAAAAAGGUUGUUGAAGGAACAUAUGAUCCUUCCGCUGAGAAGACCGGUGCACCUCAACCUCCUACAGUGACAAACUUCAUUCGGGACCGAGUGCCUUUCCACCUAAAAUCCGAUUUCUGUUGGCAACAGUCCAACAUCUACCCAUCAAAACAACUCCGCGAUUACGCGUUCAACCUGAAGGAAACACCUACAUUCGGUCCGCCGUCUCCAUUCAACAGCGAAGACUCCUCUCUUCGUACCUUGCCCGGUUCGAGCAUUACCAUAUUCAAGAAUGGGGUGAAAAUGGGAACACCUUUCAAAGAAUUGUUUGCCUUCUUGCCGCCUGCAAGUCGUCUUACAAAUGGGACGAAUAAUUUGGGUAUUGGCGAACGAGAAAACGCAGACGAUGGCAUGAUUGGAUAUUUCCCAACGGUUAGCUGCUAUGGUGGAGGUGCUGUUGAGUGCAGAUUUGAGCCUCCAUGGUGGUUUGGCCCGCCACCAUUCGUUUCUGUUGGCGACGACAGCAAGGGUGACGAUAAAACAGAUAAGGUCAAGGGAGAAGACGAAGAAGAAAGUCAAUCGGCUGCGCGUGUUGCUGUGAAACCGUUCGGCGAGCGUUUCAACGAUCAAAUUGUGGAGGAUAUUGUGGCCGACAUAGUGGAUGAAAUCGAAGCAAUGUUUCUCUGGGGUGGUGAGAAUACGGAUACUGCUGGUGGUAGUAGCAACAGCAGGACUGCCACCACUGCUACAACCAGCAAUAAGCAAACUGCGAAGAACCCUCGUCUUCCUAAUAAUGCUGCUGCUGCACCGCCAACGGUAAUCAGUACUGAAUUUGGCAACGGAUCCUCGUCCGCUGUCGUGGCUGCGACUGGUGGCAAUGCUGAUGUUGUUCAACAGGGGGUUGGAGCUGUAUAUCAAGCAGCCAUGUUGGCGACUGGUGUGACGCCGACAAUUACCGUGAAUGGUAAUUCUGCUAUGGAGGCAUCGACAACACCACAAAUGGAGGUCGACGAUAAUAAUGAGAAUAAUAAUAACGCCAAUCCUAUAAAUAAUGAACCUGUGACUGGCACUGGAGAAGGGAAACAACAAGACGAAGACGUUGAGAUGACUAUUUCAUAG